AGGAAUAAGGCAAAAAGAAUAUUCGGAUUUGGAAAGUGUAAUCGCAGAAACUGAUGUACUCUAUAUGACACGAAUUCAGCGCGAGCGAUUUACAGAUCAAAUCGAAUAUGAACGGGUUAAGGAUUCCUAUAUAAUAAAUAACGCUACACUGAGUCGUUCUAAACCAAACAUGAUUGUAAUGCAUCCAUUUCCGAGAGUAAAUGAAAUCGACCCAGAAGUAGACUUUGACGAUCGUGCUGUUUACUUCCGACAGAUGAAGUAUGGAAUGUUUGUCAGGAUGGCAUUAUUAGCUAUGUAUAUUUUUGUUUUAUGUCAUAUAAGCAUUCAAAGCCAUAUGAAUGCCUUGUUUGAUAUUAUCAGGGCACCUAACAAGUAUUUUGGAUUAAAGGCAAUAAAGCCAAUAAAAGAAGGAUCAUUCAUUGUAGAACCAAUUGAGACUCCUGUAGAAAUAAAUAAUUUAGAAUUUCACAUGGAUAAAUACAUGAGUGAAGGAUUGUGGCGAACCUAUUUUCCACCAUCAGAUACAAGCGAGAUAAAUAAUGCGGCAAAAAAAGGAAGACUUUCUCGUUUCAUUGCGCAUUCUCGUAAUCCCAAUUGUCAUGAGCAAGAAUGGCUAGUAGGAAAUCAGACCAGGACUGGUAUAUUUGCUAGUCGUGAUAUCUCGGAUGGCGAUGAAUUAACAAUUGAUUAUACUGAAUCAUCAAUGGGAUAUGGAAAGCCACGUAAAGUUAAAGAGCAAAAUGGCUCAGAUGUAACUCCUGAGGAAGUCCGCCCACUUGAAGAUAACCAAGGAAUUUUUAAUUAUAUUGGGCGUAUGUUGCAAGCUGUCUACAGGCCAGAUUUGGCAACUCAAGUGCUUCACAAUUUAGAAAUAACUACAGAUGAAAAUGUUUUGAGAAAAUUCUUAAACCUCGAUGGAUUAAAAAUAUUAAGUUUGUGGUUUCAUGAACAUUCUGAGCCUAAACUCAUAGAACGGAUCAUUUCUGUUUUGGAAAAAUUGCCAUUACAAUACAACGAUCUUGACAUCAUGACUGAGAUCAAAGGAAGUCUUAAGAUGAUAAAAAUAAACGAUGAUGGACUUCAUGAUCGUGUUACAAGGUUGUUAGAAAAAUGGCGUAAGCUUCAUGCUCCGUCUAAGAGUACCACGGCUAAUAAUUCUUUGAAAAGUUCAAUUUCAUCUGAUCGGGAUAAACAAACAAGUCACUCAUCGAAAAAGAGUGAUAAAGUGAAAACAAUGGAAACAUGUUCUGAAAAGAAACAAAAAACGCCUGAACCCAGUAGUACACUUGGAUGCAUAUCCUUAUUGCCUGCGAAUACAUCUUCCUCGCAACUAUGUAAUGAAGAACCUGGUUCUUCACAUGUUGCUAAUGCUAAUAUGAAAACUAAUAAUGUUGAAUCAAUUGAUGAUACGCUGAUACAGCCGCCGUCUAUUACUGCAUCGGAUGAAAAUUCGUUUACUCGUACAUUUAAUAAAGAUAAAUUCCGUGAUGAGUUUGCUGCGGCAGUAGUUGAGUACUCUGAGCGAUUCAAGAGUCAAAUUGAGGAACGCACUCUGACCAAACAUGUUAAUAAGUGUAUCGAACUUUGCUUUGGCAAAGAAAUGCGCUUAGCAGAAGUGGAAAGUGUUACGUCAGGGAAUACUCCUUCACAAAUAUCUCUAUCUAUUGUAGAGACGAUAUCAGGUGGUGUGGAAACAGUAGGACUCGAAUAG